AAAAUAAAAAUACCUUAUUUAGCGCCAGGUUUGGACUGGAAAUACUUGUGGGAAGUAAAUGUCGUCUAAGUAUCCUUCUGGGAAGAAAAGUAGCCGCAUAGGCUUAUGGUUUAAACGCGUUCUACCUGAUUCCCACCCACAAGUAAAAAAACGUAAUGAGCUUACCUCAUUUUCCGAAAAUGAAACUGAAUGCCCAGUUUGUUUGAUGCCUAUAGAAGAUCCACUGCGACUCAGUUCAUGCGGUCACUUCGCUUGUUCAGUUUGUUGGAGGAAUUUCAUCUCGAGUCAAAUAGAAAACUUUGCACUGGCUCAUCUCACAUGUAUAGCGUGCUCAGAACUAUUGCAGCCAUCAACUGUGAUUCACCUUUUGUCUGCUGUUUCGACUCGUCAUGAGUCUUCACAAAGUCCCGUAAAAGAUAAUCAGUAUGAUCGCAGUUUAUCUCGAUAUGAAGAAUUUUUACUUCAACAAGCAAUGUCCCGUGAACCAGAAGCGAGAUGGUGCCCAAGAGGUUGUGGUUAUGGAUUGAUAGCACACUCCUUCCACGCCUGUCCGCAAAUUGUCUGUCUUCAUCCAAUGUGCGAAGGACGUUCGUUUUGUUUUAAAUGUAGAAGACCUUGGUCCACUGAUACAACAAAUGAAAGCUCGUCAGAUCAAAAUAAUGUUAUACAUAUUUGUCCGGCUGAACAAGAUAUGCGUAGUAAUGCAUUAGAUGGACUGCGCUCUUUCUUUGGUAUUCGGCGUUUUAGCAGGCAAAUAUCUGGUCAAAAUUCAAUAACAAACGGCCCUCCACCAAAAGUUCCUGAUAAUAUUUUACCAAUACAUUUAAAUACCUCGACUUCUAUGAAGGAAAAACGUUCCCGUGUACUGAGAUCUUAUCCCAGUUCUGUCAACUACUCCAAUGAUACUCGAUUAUCUAUGGAAGAACUGUUUACAAACGUAGAUUUUGAGAGUGCCAAUAUUACUGCUCCUGUUUCAAAGAAAAAACGUCCGAUCUCUGAAUCUGAUGUGGCUAACUCUUCUGAACUAUCUCCCAAAGUAAAAAGACAUCCUUCCGUAGAUUCUAAUGGUCAAAACUCCUUAGUGAAACCCUGUCCUAAUUGUAAAACUCUCAUACAAAAACUUAAUGAUGGAAGUUGUAAUUCUAUGGUAUGCUCAAUUUGUAAUUAUGAGUUUUGUUGGUUAUGUUUACGGGAAACUACAGCAACGCAUUAUUUGAAUUUUUCCGGUUGUACUGUAUUGGGUCGCAGCCGAUGGUCAAAACUUCGUCGUGUUGUUGCUGUUUGUGGCAUAAUGUUAAGCACACCAAUCCUGCUUCCACUCACAAUUGUCAUAGCACUUCCUGCUUUAUCGAUUGGCUUCACUGUAUCCAUAACCAAACCUUUUCUCAACUAAUAAGUCAGUUAUAUUGCUCUUCACGUGUUUUCAAAAGUCAACUGUCUGUUUCUAAUUUAGUCAUACCGGCAAUAAAAAGUAUGCAUACAUUCAUACAGUUAUUGAUUCCUGGUGUUUCUGUUUUAGUAAUUUCACAUAAUACUUGUGUUUGAUUGGCGAAAAUUUCUAGUUGUGAUAAAUUUUCGUCUCAAUUGCAAUCGAUCUGUGGUUACCAGCACACCUUGCCGACAAUUUUUACAAAACAACUUAUGUUGAUGAAGUUUAGCAAUACCAUUUCCAUGAAUUUUUCGUUAAUCGGAUGUUUCUUUCGAAAUCCAAACAUUUAAGACGGUUUGUUCUAUUCUGGGUUGUAACCGCUGGUCUCAUUGUGUUCCCAGUACUAACAGCCGUAACUUUUGGCCUUUUAAUCCCCGUUAUUUUGGGUUAUGUGUAUUUAUACCUUCCAAUUAGUUUGUUUCGAUCCCUGAUAAGAGAUGAAAGUGAUAUUCUUCUAAAACCGACCGAACUAGAAAAACUACAACCAGUAAGCCCUAAUUUUGAAAACGAGUUCAAAGCAAAGAAUGAGGAUAUCAGAUCAAAUGAUGGAAGCUUUAGUGAAUCUAAAGUUGUCUUAGUAGAUGAAACAGAGCCGAUGGAACGUGAUCAAACAUUAUGAGUGUUUUGUGAGAACAGCUUAUUAUUCUUAGUCUUUCAUUUCUUACCUUUUAUUCAAGCAGAAUGACUUUCUCGUGUCAAUUUAAAUAAGUAAAAAUACAAACUAAUGCCACUUUUUAUAAUUCAAAGCCAAGGCUGUGAUUCGUCGAUUCUAAAUGAGUUCCUUCCUAUUUUAUCUGAUUAUUAUAUUCAAAUCUGCUGUUUGUAUGCUCCAAUAAUUUAUUUUUUUGGUAAAAAGAACAUAUACGUUGUUUUGAGUACUUUC